AUGUCUCCCAAAGGACCAUACAUAUUGGUGACGGUGAAUACAGCUCCAGAGCGAGCGAAAAGACUGGUUGGGCGUGUUGCCGAAGAGCUCAAGGAGCAAUAUACCAUUCAACAUGUUGCCAACUGCGAAACAAUCGAUGAGGUAGAAGGCAAAGUCAAGGAAUUCCAGCCUGACGUCUUGUUCUGUGCCUCGAUGUGGACACCAGAAGAAAGCGCCCGCAUUCAAAAGAUUGCGAGCGCCAACAAGCCAGGAAUCAAGACACAUGCUAUUCCCCAGGGCUUACAGGUCGAGAAGGGCCCGGAUGCCAUCGUUGAUUAUCUGAAGGAGCGGAUUCCCAGUAUCCUGGCAUAA